GCUCUCUCUCUCUCUGUUGUGGGUUAGAAAUGAAACCGGUGACGUCACACAGACCCAGCUUAUAAGCGUGUAUAAGGCCCGUAGUCGUGACGGAGCAGAUCCACAGUGUCAGCAGGUUGCUGUAAUGGACAGUGUAGAGCUCUGGGUGAGAGUCUGGACCCUGGGCUGUGUCCUCUCUCUGAGUCUGGCGGUCAGCUGUAACUGGAGGACUCAGUAUGAAUAUAAUGGGAAAUGCUGUGAUGCCUGUCCUGCAGGUACAUAUUCCAAAGAACUAUGUGGAUCUGAGUGUUUGAACUGCACAGCUGGCAUCUCCCGGUGCAGCUGUGGUGACAAGCACUUUUGUGAGAAUAACGAAUGUUCUGUUUGUGUGGCCAGAAAACAGUGCAGCCCUGGACAAGUCAUCAAUAGAACAGGUCUUCGUGAAUUCAUGUAUAUCUGUAUAGACUGCCCUGAGAACAUGUACAGCAAUGAAGAGCGCAACACCUGUGAACCCAUCGCAGACUGCAAGCAGUUUGGUUUGGGUGUGCUUUUCCCUGGAAACAGGACGCACAAUGCACGCUGUGGUUGGCAAGAUCCUUCACCACCCAGGGACUCUAAUCAGUGGAAUCAAAAUGUCAUAGUGGUGUGUUUAGCCGUUAACGGUGUGAUCUGUCUGGCACUUCUAGUUAAUGACUGUGUUCAGAGGUUUCAGAACAGGAGAAGAAAGAGCAAACGCCGCCCAACCACACGCUGGCUAGUCAAGCCCUCUGAUGAAUGCGGCUGCAAACUCUCCAAAGAGGAAAUGGGCAAUGAGUGUGACCAAGACAGUGACGUCUCAGGUGAUUCCAGCUCAAAGUAUGAAGUCUGACUGAUUUUACCUGGAAGCUUCAGAAGAUCUGGUUUCAGCCUUAAUUCCAGCAGCAGCAGGACUCUUUAUCUCAGGUGCCGAUUCUGGAGAACGUCUUUUCACACUUUUUAGAAACAGACGCUUAGUUUGCAGGACUUUCAGAGCUGUGUGGUAACUUGUAGACCCAGAUGUCCACAAGUCGUUCUUUCUCUGACCAUAAGCUUCAGAUGGAUCCAAUUCAAGAUUGUCUUACUUACCUACAAGACUUUAAAGGUCUCAUUCCAUUAUUUUUAAUUCAUUUUAAAAUGUCUUGUUGUGGUCUCUGAUAGUGCUGGGAGAUUUUCAUCAAUUUAAAUUCAUUCGAAUUACAGUUUUAAUGCGUUUUUCAUAAUCACGAUUUUACAUAUCGUGUGCAGCACUGUUCUAGCACUUUUCACACAAAUACCCGGUGUAAUAAAGCAUAUAUUUAGCUAAAAAUAAAUCCUACCGCUUCUAAAAAAAAAAAAAAAAAACUGCAGCAUCAUCGUGAGGAUCCGUGAUUUAAAUUUUUUAAUUUUCUAAAAAUUUCUAAUUUUGGACCAUUUAUUUGUCGUCUAUAGAAAAAAAUCAAAACUUAUUUUAUUAGGCCAUAAUAGCUCAGCACUAGUCUCUAGUAUGAAUGAAUGCCACGUGAGCCGGUGUUUCUCUAUAAUCCUGCUUUAGUUCACUGGAUUAGUGAGUAGUCUCUAAAGAAAGACAGGAUUUCGACUCUUGCUCAUUAGGGGUGUACCAUAUUGUAUCGUACGUAUCCUGAAUAUAUGGAGAUAUUUGGAGUGCAUUACUAGUAUCAUGACAUUCUGGAUUACUGACUUCUGUUACAAAUCUGAUAAAAUAAUUAUUUUUUAAAUAUCUCAGUUAGCCAUAUCAUAUUGCAUGCAAAAAUAAAAUUCUAAAUAUUUUUUCUAAUUUAUUGUUUUGCCAUAUCGCCUAAAGUAUCGUUAUCGCGAAAAUACCAUGAAAUAUCGUGAUAUUAUUUUAGAGCCAUAUCGCCCAUCCUUAUUGUUCAUAAAUAUUCAUACAUGCAAAUAUAUCGCCUCUGAUUGGCUAAAAGUACUGGAACACUUCUGAGAACGCCUACCUGUCCUCUCCCCACAGUCAAUUUUACAGCUCAAACUCAAAAAGAACAAAAUGUUUUCAGAGAUACAGCCUUAGAUACAAAGAUACAGCACUGAGUGCUAGGUAGAGUUAACCCUUAAACUUCAAGUUAAUGCUUAACGCCAGACUAGUAUAUAUUUAAGGUCUCGGUAAAAUGCAGAAUCAACCAGAGAUCCCAUUUAAACCAAUAGAUACUUACACGAUAAGAGCUGUGAGCCCUUUAGCUGAUAAGAGACAGUGUCGGUGAGCUUCAGCCCAGCUUCAGCUCUGCCUGUGGGCGGUCCCGAGCUGAGGUGGGCGGGGCCAUGAAUACUAAUUCACGGGUUGAUGUAGACACGGUGCUUUUCCUGAUCGACUCGUUUUUCUGAGUAUUUUCUUUUCUUAGCUACUGCAGACAAUGGAGGUUGAGAGAGUUUCAUGUGCAGCAUCAUAAACAACUCAGAAAGACCUACUGUUUUUCACAUAAAAACAAGAAAAAGUGGAUUUUAGCGAAAGAAGACCUUUAAAUUAUCCGUCCAACCUCCUUCUUCCCUACAAACCGUCUCAAUCUCUUAGGUCUUCUGCUUCUAGGCUUCUUAAAGUCCCAUCUUCUAAAAAAUCUCUGUAGCUUUGGUGAUCCAGCGUUUUCCAGAUUCUCUCCCGAUUGGAGUCAAACAAUCUACCUCUCUUUCCAUCCUUAAAUCUAAUCUCAAAAUUCACUUAUUUUCUCUCGCCUAUGACCUUUACUCUGUUUAUAUUAUUACUAUCAGGUAAAUGUGUCUGCUAAUUGUUGAAACUUUACGUCCUGUGUGUUCAAUGUUUCUAUCUUAUAUCUGCUAAUGAUUGUAAGCGUCUUUAGGUUGUAGAAAGGCGCAAUAUAAGAAUAUUAUUAUUAUUAAACAGGGGUUGGUCAAUGAAACUGAAACUGUCAUUUUAGUGUGGGAUUUUAGGUUUCAUGGCUAAAUUGGAGCAGCCUGGUGUUCAAUCUUCAUUAAUUACACAUUAUUGCACCAGUAAGAGCAUAAAUAGUGCAAAAGUUCAAUUAGCAGGGUAAGAGCACAGUUCUGCUCUAAAUAUUGCAAUGCACACAACAUUAUGGGAGACAUACCAGAGUUCAAAAGAGGACAAAUUGUUGGUGCACGUCUUGCUGGAGCAUCUGUGACCAAGACAGCAAGUCUUUGUGAUGCAUCAAGAACCACGGUAUCCAGGGUAAUGUCAGCAUACCACCAAGAAGGACCAACCACAUCCAACAGGAUUAACUGUGGACGCUGUAAGAGGAAGCUGUCUAAAAGGGAUGUUCGGGUGCUAACCCGGAUUGUAUCCAAAAAACAUAAAACCACGGCUGAUCAAAUCACGCAGAAUUCAAUGUGCACCUCAACUCUCCUGUUUCCACCAGAACUGUCCGUCACCACAAUCAAUUAUUGUGCUCUAAAACCAGGUGUUUCUGUUUCAUUGU